CACACACACACACACACACACACACAACACGACACACGACACGAACUGACGAUGGGGGACGAGCCGGUGGUGCGACCGCUGUUUGGAGGGGCCAUGUCGAUGACUGUGCCGGCACGGUUCAUGGACAUCAGCAUGGUGCGCCAAGUGCCAAACAACCAGGAGGUGUUUGCAGACGCCUCAACAGACCAGAGCUUCAUCAUCGAGAUUCUCGAGCUGCCGCCGGACGCGCCAGAUGCAGAGGCAGCCCGCUUCCACUUUGAUGUCAUUGCCAGCGAGGGCGGCGCACUGUCCACCGAGGUGGAGACUGAGACGCAGCAGAGGGUCGUCAUGGGUGACAACAACGUCCAGCGAACCGUCAUGUGGGGCCUGCAGCAAGUGGGCAAGCACCGCGACCGCGCAGACCGCGCCAACAGCGUGCGCGUGCAUGUGGCGUGCUUCCGCGCACACAACGUCUCCGCAGACAUUGUCGUGUCGUUCAACAGCCCCGUCUUCAUCAGCGAACAGAGCGCCGUCGCGCCCAACGUGGAUGCACAGCGCAUGGCCCACUACAACGCACCGGAGCAGGCCCUCGCCGUGUUCACACAAGCCAUCGACACCUUGCAAAUCAACGACUGGUCCCUCUUCGGCUGAGCUGCCCUGACUCAAGCCAGCAAAGCUACCUGACUCAAGCCAAGGCGGCUCCCCGGCUACUGAAUCCAACGACCACAUGACAGGCAUCACUUAUAGCCACUUGAAGCCACUCCUCCUCCUCCUCCUAAUCCUCAUCCUUCGUCUUACUCUUCUUCUUGCACAAGCGCCGCUCCUGCGUUUGUCUGUGCUUUUCGCUGUUACAUUGUUACUUCACAUGCAUUGUACUUGUUGCGCGAGAGCGCCAGCUUCUCAUGGUCUUGUUCCUUUGGUGACAGUGUACUCUCUGCUUCUCCCUGCCCCCUUGACACUGUCCUCCUCCCCUCGCGACUGCCUCCCGCGUUUCCUUGCCCUCAAUACCAACCUUUCACCCUCCUCUCCCUGCCUUUCUUGCUGCACUUGCUUCUUUGCUUGCUUUUCUUGAUUACCCUCUUCACUUCUGUUGCUUUGCCUCUCUCCCUCUCUGUCACUCUGUCUCUGUCACUGCCGCUCUCCGUCUGUCUCUCUGUCUCUCUGCCUCUAUCUCCCCCUCUCUGACUAUUGUAACCAACUGUGGUGCAGCCAGCGUUCGCACGCGCCUGUGUGUAUCUGCACAGAUGAUGUCCAUUUGCUUGCCCGUGCGUGCGUGAUUUUUUUUCUAUUUGGCAGCAUCCUUGCUUGCGGGCGUGCCCUUGUCCUCUGUCUCGCUAGCCUGCAAUUCGCCUUCUUCUUCUUCUUCUUCUUCUUUGCUCGUUGUUUCUUGGUUGUGCCUUCUUGCACUUUGGUUUGCGUCACUCUUUCGCUUGCACCUUCCUCUUUGCGCCCUGUUGCCACAGCUCGUGUUAUUUCGUUGGCAGGUGCGCCAAAGAGACAAAUCAUUGUCUUUCCCCUUGCCACAUUACACUAUCUGUCUCUUUCUCCGACUACAUCAUCUGUCUCUUCGCUCUGCAACCUUGUCUUUCACGUCCUCCUGGGCAGUGUUGUUGCUGCUUCCAACAUUCUAAUUCCCUGUCCAUCUUUGAUUGGAGUUGAUGACUUGCGCUUCCACGGUGAAUAAACUGCUCGACCCCA